CCUUCAGUUACUCGGUCCAAAGGCAUCCACGAUUUGACACGUGCCCACCAUGAAAAUCUUGUCAAUGCACUCAAGUCAGGCACCCUUACCAUCCGAGCCGUCACAAGCGAUGCUGCUCGCACACGCCUCAUCAUGUCAAGAGACCCUAUCGUCAUUGGGGAGGCACCCAGACAUCGCUCAGUCCACUCCCACGGGCGACGUGCGUUUGCUAACGGUGACUUUGACCGAAAUGGGCCUCCCUAUCUUGCUACCCCUCCUGCUACACCUCUUACUCGUCGUCGU